UGGGCGCCCAUUUCACUGGCUCGUUCGGUUCUAGGAGCAGAUCCGGGUUAGAGGGAAGAGAGCUCCGGGUCAGGGGUUGCUGUAGCCGCCGCCGUCCGGGAGUCAGCCCGCCAGCCCGCCAGCUAGCGCUUCGCGGGCCCUGCCGUUCACGGAAUGGAGGAGCCAACUCACAGACCUGGGCCGUUCGGGUGGUUUUAAGACGUUUGAACUGCGGUUCAGUCCAGGACAGUGCCUUGAGACACUGUUUGGAGAUCAGAUCAAACAUUGUCUGGCUUGCACUGUAAAACUAGUUAGCUGAAGACUUCUCAGGUUUCUUCAGGAUGCCUGCAGCACUUGUGGAGAAUAGCCAGGUUAUCUGUGAAGUAUGGGCCAGUAAUCUAGAAGAAGAGAUGAGGAAGAUCCGAGAAAUCGUGCUCAGUUACAGUUAUAUUGCCAUGGACACAGAAUUUCCAGGUGUUGUGGUGCGACCAAUUGGUGAAUUUCGUAGUUCCAUAGAUUACCAGUAUCAGCUUCUGCGGUGCAAUGUUGACCUUUUAAAAAUUAUCCAGCUGGGCCUUACAUUCACAAAUGAGAAGGGAGAAUAUCCUUCUGGAAUCAAUACUUGGCAGUUCAAUUUCAAAUUUAACCUUACAGAGGACAUGUACUCCCAGGAUUCCAUAGAUCUCCUUGCUAACUCAGGACUACAGUUUCAGAAGCAUGAAGAGGAAGGGAUUGACACACUGCACUUUGCAGAACUGCUUAUGACGUCAGGAGUGGUUCUCUGUGACAAUGUCAAAUGGCUUUCAUUUCAUAGUGGCUAUGAUUUUGGCUAUAUGGUAAAGUUGCUUACAGAUUCUCGUUUGCCAGAAGAGGAACAUGAAUUCUUUCAUAUUCUGAACCUUUUCUUCCCAUCCAUUUAUGAUGUGAAAUACCUGAUGAAGAGUUGCAAAAAUCUUAAGGGAGGUCUUCAGGAAGUUGCUGAUCAGUUGGAUUUGCAAAGGAUUGGAAGGCAGCACCAGGCAGGCUCAGACUCACUGCUGACAGGAAUGGCUUUCUUUAGGAUGAAAGAGUUGUUUUUUGAGGACAGCAUUGAUGAUGCCAAGUACUGUGGACGGCUCUAUGGCUUAGGCACAGGAGUGGCCCAGAAGCAGAAUGAGGAUGUGGACUCUGCCCAGGAGAAGAUGAGCAUCCUGGCGAUUAUCAACAACAUGCAGCAGUGAUGGCGCCAGGCUCUGCAGGUUGGGCCUGAUCCCAGAGUGGUGCUUACUGUGCUGACUGUGUACUUAUCUUCCCCAAGAGAAAAUGCUUCUUUUGAGCAAACUGUACCUACCAUCUGCAUUGAGCAGAAAGACUUUUGUUUUACUGAAGACAAAAGAUGUCUUUAUUUUAGACCCAGAAGAGAGGAGUUUGCUCUGAAUUUGUAAAUAAGUCUUCCCCAUUCCUCAUCCCCGAGCCUCUCCUCUCUGGUUGCCUCCUGCCACCAGCAUCCAUGGCUCAUUUGACACCUUUUUAAAUAUCCAGGACAAGUCUGAAACAAGCUAGUAAAAUGUAUAUAACUCUUACCUGUUAUCAUUCUUUUUCUUUUAAAUUUGUUGCUAAUCUCUGAUAAUGAAGAUUCUUACUCUGAUUCUCAGCUGAGCUGUGAGGGCUUCCAGGGAAAAUGGAACAAAAUGGUGUUCUUAUGUAAUGGGUUAUAAAUACUGAGUCUUCCUUUCCUUUUCUGACCCUUCUCGAGGACAUUUGCUUUCCUCACACUUUUGUAGUCUUUUUUUUUUUCCUUUUUUUUAUUUUUAUUUUUUUUGUAGUCUUUCUUUACAUAUUCUAUAUGAAUUGCUCUGUGCUGAAAUUUGAAGACCAGAUAAUGAAACUUAAAAGCAAACAAUUUUACUGAAUCUGUGUACCCUUCAUUCAUGAGAACUCCAGAAUGAGUGUUGACCACUGAAGCAUCUUUUAAGUCUGUGUUCCAUUGUGCCACUCAGGUUUGCCGUCACAUACGCAUCAUCUGAAAUCAUUUGAAAUUUUUGUACAAUAAAAUAUCUUGGAUUUGAUCCCAAAUGAAACUAGUAAGAUCAGAUUUUUGGGUCAUGUCUAUUGUAUUUUCAAUAAUGUGAUUUCAGAUAGUCAUCUGGAUUCUCCCACUUCUCUAUUUUCUCUACUUUUCCUUCCAGCAAACCUGAAACAUUAGGGAGAUGGUUUAAUGUGAGUACCAGGAAUGUCUUUAAAAAGCUAGAGUGGUUACGUUUAAUCAGGCAGUAAGAUAAUUUGGGUUCUUGACUUGUUUUGGAGUAAUAUCCCACAACUGGGGUAGGAAGCUCAGGACUUUUUUUUUUUUUUUUUAAAGCUAGUCGUUUCAAAAGUAUAUUGUAUUUUUUUGAAUGACCACAGUAUGGACAAUUUCAAAAACCAAAACCCCCUUUGGAUUGGUGGAAAUAAAAACUGGUAACUCACUCAGGUGAAUGAAUGGUCUUGCAUUUUAAAAGCUUAUGGGAAACUCAAUUUGAAAUGAUUAAAAAAUGUCAAGUAUUAUAAGCUGGUAUUUAAGAUGCUUGUAAAUAUUAUUUAUGUUUUUAAUUUUGUAAAAUAAAGAUUUUUUUUUAACCACUGGCA